AUGACUGCUCGGGGGAAAAACGUCAAGAUCCAAACGCUUGCCACAGAGAGCGAGAUAUUCGUAUACGAUAGGCGAUUCGUCAGUGAACCAAACAGCUUCGAGCUCCCGGAGCUGCCUCCACCACAGCCACUCCAUGCCGAUAACCCGCCCGAUACCCUCACAAACCAGAACGACCUACAAGCAUGGCGGAGCCUCUAUCUGGCGAGGAAUACUUGGGCGGUGAAUCUCACAGAACGCUGUAAGGCGGCGGAUAAGCAGAUACAUGAACACAACGAGCGCACUGAUAUCAUCAACCGAGCUGCUAGUGUAGCUCUUGAGAACCUCAAAACUCACGUCGGCACCUUGGAGCACCGGUUCCAAGAGGCCCAGUCCUGGGCCAACGACCUGCUAAGUCAACAACAAACAGCGCUCGAUGGAUGGAGACGAGCACUGUCAAAUUUGGAUAGCAUCCCGGCUCGGAAGGACUUCCCCUUCUUGGGCCGACCGUCCACACCGACAAAAGGCAGGGAUAAGGCGAUGGGUACACUGCGAGACUAUGUGGAUACAGGCGAAGUGCAGAGAGCUGGCUCGGAAGCCCCAGAAGUAUCUGCGCGCUUCGCCCAUCAAGUUAGCAUUACCGAGAAGAAUGUUAGUGAGAUUGCUGCAGAUACUCAGCGCCUGAUUGAUGAAGCAUUUCCUGCGGGGGUUGAUUCCGUGGAAGGCCUCUUACAGGAAGUGGAAACAAUAUCCAAAAAGAUACAAUCCGAUUACGAACAUGUGGUGGCCUUGCCCAAUAAUCAAAAGACGCUGGCAAAUAUCUCUAGGCUCGCUCUCAACCACACCACAAACCUCCUACCGUCGCUGUUGGAUGUCAGCAACGAAAUCCAAGCUGGCCUGGAGGAAGCCGUGAGACGUUACAAUGCGGCAAUGAAAACCACUUUGGAUCAUAUGCGACGCAUAUCUUCUAUCGAGUUACGUCUUGCUGAUGUACAGACUCAGAUGAACAGUAUGACCUUCCAGAGUGAAGCUUUCGACGCUAUAUACAUCGUCUUUCACAUGCCUCUGGUGUAUGGGUCUGUUCUGAUCGAGUCGGUGCGCCGUCGUGAGUUCAAUGAUAAGAUGAAGAAUGACUCCGCAACGCUGGCGGAGGAAAUGUCGGUAUUUCGCGACGAGGAGCAGCGUCGAAGAAAGAAGUGGUUAAAGAACAUGGCGGAUUUUAUCUCUAUCUCAGAUUCCACGACCCCAGGAAUUGAAGUCAAUCUACGAGGGCAGGAGCAGGAGUGGCCUAUGGUCAGUAGAAAGGAGGUUGAGUCGUAUAUCGAGGACCUGAAGACAAAAACUGGCAUGGGAAACCAUGUCCAAGAGCUGACGCAGCUCUUCAAAGAGUUGGAUGCUCCGACACGGCUGCAGCGCCGCAGAGCAAAGGCUUUCAAACAAGGGAGUCUGUUUGACCUGAGUCGGAGUUCGCUUUUACUGCGAAGCGACGAUAUGGUUCGAAGCUUGAAAGACGAGAAAGUCAAGCUUGAAGACAGACUAAAAGGCUCCGAAAGCCGCGUUCGAAAGCUAGAGGAUCUUCUUCAUCGCCAAAGCCACCUGAGCCGGCCCUCCAGCGGCAAUUUCUCACUGGAGUUCCCCAGUUCUCCCGCGUCACCUCAUCCCGAUUCGCUCUCAAGGAGAUCAUCGGUAUCCUCUAGGCGAAUGUCUUCAAAUCAAGCCCCUGAGGAGAAGGCACUCGUUCAGCGGAUUACUCGCCUUGAGGCUGAGUUGGCGACCGAACGAGACAUGGUCCAACGACUCCAGAAGGAGGCGCAUGCCGAACGGCAAUCCAAUACCGAUAAGAUACAAGAAGCUCAAUCGACGAAGAAGGAUCUGAUCGGCAAUCUUGAAGCUAGACAGCGUGAAUUCGAUGCGGAGCGGAGAUUCCUUGAGGACGAGCUCAAGAGGCUCAGAAUCCGGACUGAGGAGCUCGAAGAGGAAAUCGAUCGGAACCUUGAUAGUCGCGAACAUGAGAAACAGGACGCCGAUGAGCGGAUACACCAGCUUGAAAUGGAACUACAAGACGCCCAUGCUCGAGCCGAGGACGAGUUGCGGAGAGCAGGUGAGAUGAUUGAACAGUUGCAAUCAGAGAAGGAUGCGGGAGAGAGCCUCCGGGCUCGUAUUGAUGAGCUUCAAAGUCAAGUGACAGGAAAUGAGAAGAAGGAUAAAGAGAACAGCCAUGCCCUACAGGUCGCUUUUCUUAACUUGUCCCCCGGAGGCGCUGUUCCUGCCGAGAUUCCAAAUAUAAUUAAGGCGAUCGAGGUGCUCUCCGAGGGGCUGACUAUUCAUGCCAAGAACGCAGAAGAGAGUGCCACCAACGCUGUAGCUGAAAGCAAGGCACUCGAGGAGCGUCUGGCCCAGAUCGAGUCUGAAGCCGAAGAGCUAAGAAAGCGUGCAGCCUCGCAGGAGUCUGAGCUUUCCCGAGCCCACAAUGAACUGGCCGACGAGAGACGGAAACUUAGCAUCGUGAGCUCUGAAUUGGAAGAUGAGCGAUCGAAACUCAUUGCUUUGCAAUCUCAGUUUGCGGCAGGCGAGACGGGUUCCGAUGCCCUGCGAGAACGCGUCACGGAAGAAGAACGGAAGUUAACGAGCCUGGCCCAAAGAUUGGCCGAGGUUGAGUCUUUGGCUCGCCAGUCCGAGGAAGAGGUUACUGCCUGGAAGACGAAGGUAGAAGCCAUGUCGGAGGCGGAGCAGCAAGCUACGGUACGGUUCGAGACGUGCGGGUUCAGAUCUCAAGAACUAUCGAAGCAGCUUUUCGCACAGGUGGAGAAAUUGGAGCAUAUGCUGGAGCAACUGGGGUUCACUAUCAUCCGUCAAGAUGGGGACAUUGUUGUCCAAAGAUCUUCGAAAGUCAAUGCGCUCUCUAGCACUGGAGAUAGUCUUAGUCAAUCCGGGGUGGUGUCGGUGAGGCCGGAUGCAAGCCUCCUCGACUGGAUGCAUGCCGAUACGAAGGAGGAAGAGACAGACAAGUUUAUGGCCUUCAUGGAAUCACUGUACCAGUUUGAUGUGGACAUCUUCGGUGACGCGGUUGUCAAACGUGUGAAGGACAUCGAGAUACUGGCUCGCAAAUGGCAGAAAGAAGCCCGCGGAUAUCGAGAUAAGUAUCAUCGAGUUCAGAGCGAAGCGCACGAUAAAAUCGCCUAUCGGACGUUUAAAGAAGGAGACCUUGCUCUGUUCUUGCCCACCCGAAACCAGGCUAUCCGGUCUUGGGCCGCAUUCAACGUUGGCGCACCGCACUAUUUCCUGCGCGAGCAAGACGCCCACAAGCUUCAGACUCGAGACUGGCUGCUCGCUCGCAUAACCAAGAUCGAGGAACGAGUUGUCGAUCUCUCCAAGUCAAUGAACGGUGCCAACCCUGACCGCCGGUCCAUCGGCGAAGUCAGCGACGGCACGUCAUUCGACGACGAAAACCCCUUUGAGCUGUCCGAUGGUCUGCGCUGGUACCUCUUAGAUGCCACGGAGGAGAAGCCGGGCGCGCCAGCGACUCCCGGCCUGGGCAAGAGUACCGUUGCGCCAGCGCACGUAGACGCCAAGGGCAGCAUCCGCCUGAAGCGCACAUCCGCCGGAGGAAACGUCGCCAGGACAUUGACCAAGAGCCUCGACAGCCGCCGGAACAGUUCCAACUCCAAAAAGGGGCAUUCCUCAACGCCAUCACAACGCGGCAAUGAUUCCACCACCGAUCUAGCCCGACAAGCCGAGCAAGACCCCGCUGCCAGCCUACACUCACGGGAGGCAGCUCCUAGAUCCGACGAGGUUCGCCGCAACCUUCUCCAGGGUCCGUGAAAUCCGCGGCCCUGAUUUUCUUUCUCCCGUAUUGCGUCACCUGAGCGGAGCUGACGGACCGUCAUAGGGCACGGAACGAACGCACCAGCGAAGAAUUUCGCAAGGUAGAGUAUCACCCUCUUCCCCGCGUGUCGAGGACCUCGACGCUUCCUCCAUCCGCUCGGCCCGACGUCCAGCGGCUCGAUACCGACCAUGGGAGAAACUCUGGUCUGUCGACUACCGUCUGGAGAGCGGUAGUAGUAGUCGCUGAGUCGGGAGGAUCCCGCAAGCCCUCAGCUUUCCUCUUGCCACUUUUCUCACGAUAGAUGAUGAAGGGAAUGACAGAUCAUCAGAUCAUGUCUG